AGAAUCGUCUCCAUCCAUCCCUGUACAAGCUGCUACCUUUUUAGUCCGACCACCGCCUGUCUCUUCUUCGUAAGGUUUGGAAGAAGAAAGUGAAGUCAUUUGGAAGGGUGUUACCGUAUGAUAACGCUGAGGAGCUCGACCACACCGAUUCUUGGCUCACCUCACUCCUCCUCUUCCUCCUCCCUCCACUUGGUCCUGCCCCUGACUCCGACAGUCCACCACACUGGGCAGCUCAAAGGCCUACAUACUCUUGAUCAAAUCAAAAUCAAGAUCAACAACGUGAGAUCUCGAAUAGUACCCCUGGUUCAGCAUCCGAGCAUAGCCAUGGCAGCCGCUUUCUUGCGGGAAACAGAGGAGGAGGACCACGAUGAAGAAAGAAGGUGGUCAGUGACGAACACCUAACAGCAUCAGGUUGGCUCCUGCGACCGACUCGUCCCUUAUCGAGCUCGGCCCACUCAGCCCAUAUUGAGAAAAUGGCCCGUUCACGACGCCGAAAUGGCCCAUUUAGAUAGCUAUAUAUACACUCCCCCCCUAAGAAACCCUAGCGGAGAAAGAGCGGAGACGCGGGAAGUAAGAUGCCGGCGGGACACGGGCUGAGGUCGAGGACGAGGGAUCUCUUCUCCCGGCCCUUCCGGAAGAAGGGCUACAUCCCCUUGACGACCUACCUGCGCACCUACAAGAUCGGCGACUACGUCGAUGUCAAGGUGAACGGCGCCGUCCACAAGGGCAUGCCCCACAAGUUCUACCAUGGCCGCACCGGCAAGGUCUGGAACGUCACCAAGCGCGCCAUCGGCGUCGAGAUCAACAAGCAGGUUGGCAACCGUAUCAUCAAGAAAAGGAUCCAUGUCCGUGUGGAGCAUGUGCAACCUUCCAGGUGCCAGGAAGAUUUUCGUAUGAGGGUGAAAAAGAACGACCAAUUGAAGGCUGAGGCGAAGGCACGUGGUGAGGUAAUCAGCACUAAACGGCGACCAGAGGGCCCUAAGCCUGGUUUUAUGGUGGAAGGUGCUACACUUGAGACCGUCACUCCUAUUCCUUAUGAUGUGGUCAAUGAUCUCAAGGGCGGCUACUAGCUUCUUUGGUUAGUUGUUCUUCGGCAUAUUUUGUCAAGACACGGCCCGUGGUUGCUAGUUCCGACAUUUUGCAGUUGAAUUCAUGAUUUAGUGUGUUCUGUUUCGUUCUCUCUACACCUUGUAUCAUUCAUGUGUCUUCGUAACAAGAUGAUGACAGCAACCUCUUCUAUAUAUAUCACACUGAUGAUGGUAAUGCUCUCA